CACACUGAUCACGUGAUGUGGUAAAAGGCCAAUCACAGCGGCCUUUUACCACCUGAUCAGCGGUGUCCAAUGACACGCUGAUCAGAGGGAAAUGCAAGUGCCGGUUCUCGGCUGCACUUUCCUCACGCUGGCACUGAUGAUCAGUGCCCUGAUGAUCGGUGCCCAGCAGUGCCACCCGCAAGUUCCGCCCACCUGUGCCCAGCAGUGCGCCCACUAGCUCCGCCCACCUCUGCCCAGCAGAUCACCCACCUGUGCCCAGCAAUGCACCCACCUGUGCCCAGCAGUGCACCCACCUGUGCC